AUGAACGUGCUGAGACGGUUGGAUGAUGACCGUAUAAGUGCCAGCUUGCUAGAUGAUGAGCAGGCAUCUGUGAAUAUGUGGCGCAGCAAGGCGUCCUUAUGGCUAAGACGUAACGAUAAACGUCAAAAACAUACCUUGGGAAUAUUGAUUGUAGAUCCUUCAAUCAAAGAAGGUCAUCCUCUUUGGGGCAAAGGCUUCAAUUUCGACUCGCCCCCUAGUCUCGCAUCAAAGUCCGUCCCAAACACGCCGGUACCAAAAGAUUCAUUAUUUGAGGCUGUAGUUUAUUGGACAAUGAAAAUGUCUAUGCAGCAUCUAAAGGAGUUGGAGGAGCAACCGAACAACUUUGCCAUCGCCAUUCUUAGCAUUAUCGCGGUCGAAUGGUUGACUGUCAAAGAGUAUGUGACCACGAGAUUGACUCAGAUUGAGUGGGAACUUGAGGUGCCGGACUUCCGCGGACACGGUGAGAAAUAUGGAUUGGACGCUUCCCUCAAAUGGCUACAUCCAUUUCGUCGUAAUGUGCCCAGAUAUCGGAAAUGGGUAACCAAUAUUCUCAACGGUAUCUUGAGCGACAAGAACCUCUCACCCACAGACCCCAAGGAUAACCCCCUGAUGGAUCUACGAGAAGACUUCCUCGUCAUAUUGAGGGACCUAGAGACCCUCCAAGCACAAGUGCAAGAUCUCGUCCGCGUCGUCACGGCAAUCAUAUCCAUCGAAGAAGCCAAAAGAUCAGCGGAACAGAACAAAAGUCUUGCCCGUUUGACUUAUUUGGCUGUUGUGUUUGUGCCACUUUCCUUCGUCUCGAGUUUCUUUAGUAUGACUUCGGAUGUUGCGAGUUUGCGCACGACGUUUUGGAUAUUCUUUGCGGUGGCGGUACCUCUUACCCUACUGUCGCUUUCGGUGACUCGUUGGUGGGCUAUAACGAGGUGGUUGAGACGAGGUAGAGACUAA